AACAUGGUCUCCUGUCUGACGUUGUUCUUCCUUUCAAGUUUGAAAACAUGUCCCCUCACGAGUACCUACGUCAGCCUGACGUUGCAGCAUAUCUGGUGUUUUAUUAGUCGGAUUGUUAGUUGUGUCUGUUGCUUUUGCAAGAAGUUGACUUUUAUAUUUGUACGUUAUUAAAUAUGCCACUAUUAAAUAGUGCCAAAUCCCUUUCUAGGUUAUGUUUAGACAAUAUCAAAACAUAUUUUGAAAGCAGUAAUGAUAGUGUUGCUGACUUUUUAAAAAUACAAAAUUUUAAGAAGCAAAGUGAAAAGUGCAUCAUUGCUGAGGAUAUAGAAAUCGGUGACAAUCCAUUUCAUUAUUUGCCUACAGUUCUCUUGGAGGAAAUCAUCAAGGUUCUCAGUCAUGAUUUGAAAAAGCCCAUGAUGAAAACAAUCCUUAUGCAUCUGAAAACUCCUCAAAUUACAACUUUGAAGUUGUCUUAUUAUGAAGAAGAUUACUUGAAGCAUUUUCCGAAAUUCAGAAAAUUGGAAAAGCUAAACAUUUAAUUGAACUCUUCACUGGGAUACAGUUGUUUCAAAUUGAUUGGAACUUAUUGCAAAAGUUUAAGAGAGUUAAAUGCUUCUGGAUGCCAUGGUAUGACAGAUUCUGCAAUUCAGUGGUUGUGUGUCGAGGCUAAAAACCAAAGAAUGGAAAAUGAAACACUCGGACAAUGCAAAAGGAUUGAAAAAUUAAGAAUUACGCGCACUCAAGUCACAGUAAAAGGAGUACAAUUGGCUCUUAAACAUUUGCCAGCUUUGAAGAUCCUACACCAUGAAGCUACAGUUACAGCUUUAGCGAAUAUGACGACAUUUUCAUACAAAAAUGCGCAAGUUUUUCGGAAAUACCCCUUGUUAGCGCUAUUCAUAGCCCUUGGGACGCCGUACACAAGCGGUAGCCUUAACCAAGCUGUUUCAAUGUGUCCUCGUAUCGACAAUAUCAGAAUAUGCGCUAAUAACGAAGGUUUGACUGACAACGACCUUUUUUGCUUGAAGUCGAUUAAAACGCUCCGUGAACUUGCCAUUUUUCUAGUGCCUAAUGUCAAAGAAAACUUAAAAUUUACUUUUGGAGGUGGCGUGGCUCCACUUCUCGAGUUGGUUGGCAAUUCAUUGGAGAAACUCAAUCUUUCCGUUUUCGACGCUGACGACGUUUGGAUUAUCACCGAGUUUUGUCCCAAUUUACGCUCCCUGAUACUUUUGAAAAAUCUUAAAAGUACAGCGAUCAGUUCACAAGAAGAAAAGAUUAAUCAUCAAUUUCAAACUGAACGGAGUCGAAAGAAAGGACCGAUUUUGAAGAAACUUGUGUAUCUGUGUAUCGGUAAUUUGAACUUUCCUUUCGACAUUUUGAUACAUCUGUUGUCUUUUCCUUCCCUUCUAGACGUUCGCAUUCAUCACUGUGCCACGCUAACUGACGUCGUUUUUGAGGAAGUCGCGAGAAUUCACCGAUUUCGUAAUCGUGAGAGGUUAAUUUUAAUAUGUUGUUGUUCGAUUACGUAUGACGGGAUCGAUAUUCUAAUGGUGGACGGUAAUUCUCUUGAAGAACUGCGUUUAAUCUAUUGCUACAAGCUGAGUAUUAAAAAUUUCUGCGAUUGGACAGCAAAAAUUUGCCAGAAAAAUUGGAGUUUUUAUUUUUAUAUUUCUUACUUUUACAAUAAUCGGCCAUUUUUUUAUUCAAUGGGAGACGACCUUCAGGGGAAAGAGUAUUAUUGUUGAAAC